CACCGGCGUCCCAUGUUAAGUUAAUACGGCAGAAAAAAAUAGUCAUAUUACUAAGAAACCAAAAAAAAAAAAACCCUCCAUAGUUCUGAACAUCUUCCUGUGGCAGAAAUCGUACUGACCCUUUACAAAGCACUGAUACUGGAGACUCCUUCCUUAAAUCUUGCAGAAAUGUCUCCUUGAAUAAUACUUCACCAUAUCUCUUUAUUUGUUAUAUAAAAAUACUGUGGAGUAAUUUAUGAUGUUUAUGAUUAUAAAACUGUCCAAUUCAAUUCAGAGUAAGAUCAAACAUGAGAGUUUGCCACUCCCAAGGUCGCAUGAGAAGCCAGACUGAUUACUUUGCUUGUAAUUUCUCAUCUCUCAUCUACCAAAAAUGAUAGAAUAUGAUUUAACAAGUUUCAAUCUGGCAACCCUGUCCCUGUUGUAACUCUGCCGGUUGGAUGUGUUUCUCUGGGGUUUGAUCAGCUUCGUCUACACUCCGAUAUCUCUUCAUUUCUCAUGAUCUGCCUCUUCUUUCUCGGUGGAGGAGGUGGCACUGAUCCUUCCUAUGCACUGCUGAGGUAACAAACUAAUGACAACGAAUCCAUAGCUUCCGGUUGUAUUAUAUUCCCGGUUUUUAUUUUUUAUUUUUUUGAAUUGCAGUGUUUAUUGCGGUUAGAGAUCGCUGUCUCUAACGCUUUGCCGUGCGCAGCAGGGUUGCCAGAUCACGUCAAAAGGACUAGGCACCUCUUCAUUUAUUUCUGCACCGCAUUAAUGAUAAACGAUAAGACUUCUAGGAUUGUAGAAACAUCCCGGUUUCUGACUGUAAUUAUACAGGGGCUUCAGAGUUAACCGAGCUGUUGCGUGAAGCUGGGUUGCGAGACUGUGCGUACAAUCUGGCAACCGUGUUGGAUGUUGUGAUAGCAAUCUGGCAACCCGGGCAGUGCGGUUAUCGGAUCACCUGUUGCAAUCGGAGCACUGCAGGGAGGGAUUUGCGGAGUUAAUAUUUCAGGAAUGUCUGUUUUGGUGAGUUUAACGUCGAUGGAGGGUCGUGCAGGGGGAAAAAAAGAAAAAAAAAAAAAAAAAAAGGAAAGCACUGUACUGACUAACCUGAUGUAAAAAUAAAUAAAUACAUAAAUAAAUAAAUAAAUGUAUUUUUUAUUUCAAUGGUUAAUAGAAACAUAAAUUCUAGCUUUAUUAUUAUUAUUAUUAUUAUUAUUAUUAUUAUUAUUAUUAUUUAGUACUCAUGGAGGGAGAGAGAGAGAGAGAUAUAGAGAGAGAGAAUCCUAGAGAAAGCCCAAAUUACCCUAAUCUAGAUACCUAGAUAAACUCAUUGUAAUCCCCUGAUUGAAAUAUCGCGAUAUUACCGCCUCGUUUAUAUUUACCGCCUCGUUGGUUAUAUACUUAAAUAGAUAGAUAGAUAGAUAGAUAGAUAUUUUUUAUUUUACUUCAUAUAUUUUGUCUUAGAUGUAUGUUCCCUUACACCGUAGUCAGUUUAGAAAGAAGCUCAAAGGUGUUUUUUGUUUGUUUGUUUAUUUAUUAAUUUAUUUAACUAGUGUUACACAGCAGCAGCCUAUAAGUUGUUGCCAUAGUGACCAAAAACCUGUCAGAAAAAAACGGAGGAUAGCAACCCACACGAUUUGAAAUAUUAUCCCUUAACGUUAAACUUUAGUCAUUCUUUUUUUUCUUUCUUUCCUUCUUUGUUUUUUGUUUGUUUGUUUGUAUGUUUAUAAAUAAAAGAGACUCUUCCUAUUUCCUUAUUUAUGGCCAAUUCCACAACGGAUUAGACACAGGGGAAGGAUACAGUUCAGCGUGUUCUCUCUCUCUCUCUCUCGCUCUCUCUCUCUCUCUGUUUCUCUUUCCCUCCUUCUCUGUCAUUCUUUCUGUACCGAUAAACUCGCUUAUUCCAUCGAUAUGUCAGCAGCAAAACUGAACCACAGAUAUGGAAUACAAGCAAAGCUGAAAUGAUCAGAGCUAAAGUGGAAGAAGAAGAAGAAGAAGAAAGACCCGACAGGUGCGGAGAUGGAAAAGUGGAAAAGUUCGACAGGUUUUAAGUCGGAAGUGGGCAUGCACGGGUUGCCAGAUUGUGCUCAAACACUUUCCUCGUACCUUAGUUAAAGUAUAUUCAACUGCUGUCGUUCUUGCAUGAAACGUAUAUUUAUAUCUGAUGUCAAAAGAGGUUAAGAUAUAAUAAGCACAAAGAUUUAUUUCCUGCUGUAAGGAUGUUGGCCUCAUUUCUAAACGAUGAGUUGCUUGGAUUAGGUAUAUCUGGCAACCCAGGAGAUUAGCGCUUAAUGUCGGCGUAUUUGGUAACUUUUUUUUUUUUUUUUUCCACUUGUGACCAAUGCUGAUCUCCUGAUGAAUGCGUCCCGAUCACAGGCUUAUCGGAAGACACCCGAGUCAUUUAGGAGCUGUCUGUCCUCGGAAAUUAUCUCAGAGCCAGUUUUUUUGGUUGAUUUGUUCUGCUUUUGGGGGAUUCCUCUAUCCAUUAAGCUUUAAAGCAUUUUCACAGGGGGAGACCAGACAAGGUAACGGCGAGUGCUCUCCCAGGAAGGAGGGCAGCAGAAUGCAGGUGGACCUGUCACUCCACACACACAACGGGCAACAUUCCCAAAGUCCCACAUCUCCCUCCGCGCAUAAGAUCAAACAGGAGGAGGGAACUGAAGAGGACGCAGAGAGAAGAGCCGUAAGCCAAGAUGAGAUGACCCACAGUGGGGAAGAAGGGUCGGUAUUGGAAGAGCCUAUGAUCGACAGCCCGAACAACCUACAGGACGUUGGAGCCGGAGCCGAGGCACCGCCUGACGCCGCGAUACGGCUGCCCAAUGGUGAUCGUCCGUUCCAGUGCAACCAGUGCGGUGUGUCCUUCACCCAGAAAGGAAACCUGCUGAGACACAUCAAGCUUCACACAGGCGAGAAACCCUUCAAGUGCCCAUUCUGCAGCUACGCCUGCCGCCGCCGUGACGCCCUGACAGGCCACCUGCGCACACACUCCGUUGGUAAACCACACAAAUGUAACUACUGUGGGCGGAGCUACAAGCAGCGCACAUCAUUGGAGGAGCACAAAGAGAGGUGCCAUAAUUACUUGCAGAGUGCUGGGAUGGACUCCGCCCCCAAUCCGGGUCCGUAUGCAGAGGUUCCUAAAGAGCCGAGACCCCUGGGAGAGGUAGCCAGCAUAGUGCCCUUCGAACGGCCGCCUGUCAUCGAGAGACUGCAAGCCAACGUGGCCAAGAGGAAGAGCACCACGCCACAGAAAUUUGUUGGAGAGAAGAUGAUGCGCUACUCCUACCCUGACCUGAACUUCGACGUUGGCCUCAAGUACGAGAAGGAAGCAGAGAUCAUGCAGGCUCACAUGAUGGACCAGGCACUCAGUGGCUCCCUCGCUUAUAUAAACAGCGAUACUCUGCGCCCCAUAAUGUCUCACCCGCCGCUGGCCAUGCCCGAGGUGGUGUCCAUGGUCAACCCCCUGUUCCACUCCGUGUAUCCCCUCGGCCCGCGGCUGGAGCGCCCGAACAGCCGCGAGUCUCUCCACGUGCCCCACCAUCCAGCCCACCAAUCGGAGUUUUCCGCCCGCGCCAACGGUGGCAUCGCACUGGCACGGCCCAAAACCUCGCAUGCGGUCCGAGGGGAGGUGCACGACGGGCGCGACCGCUCGCCCAGCAACAGCGGCCAAGACUCGGCCGACUCGGCUCGCAGCAGCCCACGAGACAAACUGGUGAAUCAGACGAGCGCCAGCGUCAGGGCAGCGUUGGCACGGCCGGACGAGAGCGGCCAUCAGCCGGGCGUCAGAGACGGGAUCCGAGUGUUCGGACCGGGAGGAAACGAGGUGCGGGUGUUCCAGUGCGAUCACUGCCGCGUGCUUUUUUUAGAUCACGUCAUGUACACCAUCCACAUGGGCUGCCACGGCUACAGAGACCCCCUCGAGUGUAACAUCUGCGGCCACUGCUGCAAAGAUCGCUACGAGUUCUCCUCGCACAUCGUCCGCGGCGUGCACACCUUUCGUUAAGCAAGGAGAUGCAAACUCGCCCCCGGGGAUCCAGGAUCCCAGACGGCGUCGGAGAUGCCCAGCCGAGCAGCCAUAUAUAGCAAAUACGUAAUAUGAAGGUUUAGGUCCAGCAGGUUUUGAUUUUGAUUUCGAAGGCGAUAUAUUUGGGUGAGGGUUUUACUUUAAACAUGUAGAGGAUGUGAACGAUGUGUUGAAAUUCUCUCCGCAUACACAGACACUCACUUUUUUUUUUCGAUUUUUUUUUUUUUUAAAUCUACUGCACCAUCCAAAAAAACAGAGCAGCUAUAUUAGCUUAAACGUCAUGAAGGGUUUUCAGUUUUUUGUUUUUAUUUUAUUUUAUGCGUGUGCGCGUUUGUUUGAUCUUUAGUGCGUCUUUUCUUGCCGUCGUCCCUGUCACAAAAGGUCUAUUCGAGAUUUUAUAGAUGUCGCCAUAUGAGUGUAUCAGGAACAAAGUGCCCUUGCGCACAAGGGACCUUCAGGGGAAUAGAGAAAAGACUAAUAAAUGUUACUCUUUUUGUUCUUGUUGUUGUUUUUUUUUUUCUUUCAUUCUUUCCUGUGCUGCUGUUUUCUCAGUGCCUUGCCGAUGUUUGGACUGUUAUGAUUUUCGAGCUUGCCUUUUCCACCAUUUUUCCACCAUGACCUAUUAUUAUAACCUUAGCAUUAGAGGUUGCUUUAUUAUUAUCGUUAUUAUUAUUAUUAUUCAUUUUGUGUUUUCUUUUUCGAUUUUCACUAUGAGUAUGUGCAGGAUCACACUCUCCCCUUCAGGCUUGUGUACUACUACGCUCCCCAUGCUGGCAUUGUGAUGUAGCUUUGUAGCCACAUUAAUAGACAGCAGUUUCUUUCUUUCUUUCUUUCUUUUCAAGCAGCAUUCUGCACUGCAGCACAACUUAACAAGCCUCUUAAUUGCACCGGUAGCACAGUGUCUUAUCUGUUUGUCAGUGUAGCUUCUCCUUCACUAACCCACUCACUCAACAGGUAAUGAUUACAGCUCGCACUUUAUCACACUGCUUUAUUAUUAUGCUGGUUAUUACAAAAGCUCUCCUCUGGAGCGCUGGGUAUUCGCUUGUUUUCUUACACCUCAGGUCGGAA